GCGACGACGCAUUACAGCCCUCAGCAGGUGGACGUGACGUCACGCCCCAACAGCUACUCCGCUCCCAAACUCGCCUCAAAAGCUCGGUUCAGACACGGCCCACGCACGAAAAUCAUCAAAUUGAUCUUACUUGCCGAUUGCAAUUCAGCGCUCGGCGCAAGCGGCGGCGCACGCUCGCGAAAAUCCAGUCUCGCGCUCCGUAAAGUAGUCCCUGGGACGCGCACCGCGGAAGAAUACAGUUGUUUACAUUGUGCAGCACGCGGCGGUGUGGCGGCCAGCGCGCGGCUGCGCGAGCUUCAUGGGAGACCGACACACCGCGCUUUCCAGCUCGCAAAAGUUCGUUCCAGGGUCGCCGUUAAAGUUUUCGUUUCUGUCCGUCGGGAAACCGUUUCAUCCCCGGUUGUCAUAUCGACAUGCAGGAGUCCAAGACCGAUCAAACAACCAAUAGCAGUCCAGCUGGGCAGGAAGGUCAGAGCUCGGAGAGCGAGAGGAGAGUAACCAGAGAAACAUCUUCAUCCCCGUCAGCCCCAGCCCAGACCCUUCAAGCACAGGCGCUACAAGUUGCUCAACAACAACAACAUCAGCAGCAGCAACUGAGUGGUGAGAAGUCCCCCAAGAGCACAGAAAAAGAGGCAGACACACAGGUGGCUGUAUCAUUGGGGAUGAUAACUCCUCAGGCCAUCACCCCUCAGCAGAUGCAGCAGAUCCUUCAGCAGCAGGUCCUGAGCCCCCAGCAGCUCCAACUGUUACUGCAGCAACAACAGGCCCUCAUGUUACAGCAGCAACAGCUUCAGGAGUUCUAUAAGAAACAGCAAGAUGAACUCCACCUGCAGCUUCUGCAGCAACAGCAUGCUGGAAAACCCAGUAAAGAGAUGAUGGCCCAGCAGAUGGCUAUACAGCAGCAGUUACUCUCCGUUCAACAGCAGCACCUGCUCAACCUGCAGAGACAGGGCCUGUUGUCUGUCCCAUCAGCACUCACCAGUACACUCACCCAAGGCCUGAUCCCUGCUGAGCUUCAGCAGCUGUGGAAAGAGACAGCAGAUGCGCGACAGGAGGAAAAGAGUAGAGAAGACAAAUCCCCUUCUCCUCCCAAAACUCAGAUCCUCAACCACCACUCCAGCACUAACGGACACCAUGUGCACCGGCCCAGCCGGAGAGACAGUUCUCAGGAGAGUCAUUCCCAGAGCGCCCAUCCUCUAUACAGCCACGGUGUGUGCAAGUGGCCGGGCUGCGACGCUGUGUUCGGAGACUUCCAGUCAUUCCUCAAGCAUUUGAACAGCGAACAUGCACUGGAUGACAAGAGCACAGCGCAGUGCAGAGUUCAGAUGCAGGUGGUUCAGCAGCUGGAGCUGCAGCUCGCCAAAGACAAAGAGCGCCUUCAGGCCAUGAUGGCCCACCUCCAUGUCAAGUCUACUGAGCCCAAACCUGCCCCUCAGCCGGUGAAUCUCGUGUCAAACCUCACGCUUGCCAAGGUAACUGUUCCCAAAACCACUCCUUCUAUGAGUCUUUCCCAGAGUGCCACAGCUCCGUCUACACCCCUCACGUCAAUCCCCCAGAUGCCCUCUGUCAUCAUACCCACCAGCCUGCACAGCAUGGGACCCAUCCGCAAGCGCUACUCUGACAAAUACAACAUAGCCAUGGACCAAGAUAUUGUGCAGAAUAAGGAGUUCUACCUGAGUGCUGAGGUCCGGCCACCAUUUACAUACGCAGCUUUGAUCAGGCAGGCCAUCUUGGAGUCUCCUGAAAAGCAGCUAACACUAAAUGAAAUCUACAACUGGUUCACUCGAACGUUCGCAUAUUUCAGACGCAAUGCAGCCACGUGGAAGAAUGCAGUUCGUCACAACCUCAGUCUUCACAAGUGUUUCGUACGAGUCGAGAACGUGAAGGGCGCCGUCUGGACUGUGGAUGAGCUGGAGUUUCAGAAAAGAAGGCCACAGAAGAUCACAGGAUCACCUCUGGUGAAGAACAUCCAGUCCGGUCUGGCUCAGAAUCCCGCCCUGUCUUCUCUGCAGGCAGCGAUGGUGGACAGCAGCCUGCCCUUGUAUGGCUCGGCGUCCAUGGGAGCAGCGAGUCUGAAGGCUCUGGCCAGCGCACUUCACGAGGACAUGAGUUCUCACGAUCAUGACGAGGGCUCCCACAGCGACUCCAGCCUGGAGCUCUCUCCUGUGCCCACGCUGCAUCAGUCUCAAAUCAAAGAGGAGCAGAUGGAGGCCGAGGACUACAACGGCUCCAUGUCUCCGGAGACAGAAGACCAGCACAGUCCAGACACCAACCACCACGAGCAGCCGGGGUUCUCCUCGUCACCGCACUCGUUCCACUGCUGAGACCCUCGCCCCUCCGCCGGCCCUCGCAAAACUGACAGCUGCAACCCUUCCUUUUGGGAACGGCCGUUUAUUUAUUGUUUCGAUCUACCCGUUUCUGUUGUAUGCAAUGGUUUGACCUCACUGGUACUAAAGGGCUCCUCUGCGUUUGAAACGCUUGCAGAGGACAAAAGAGGGCGCUGUAGAACACGAAACACUACGGCGCCUCGACUCCAUCGAGCGAUUAAAGGGAAGACGGUUUCCCUGUCAGCCGGGGAAAGUGAAUUUUUUUUUUUAAGCCGUCUACGGUGAGAUAUUUAGCUUUCCACAGAAUCCGUUCACCGCCGCCGCGAGCGCUGAACGAGAAGCUCUUUAUUGUUGAUGCAAGUUUGAAUCACCUCUGCCUCAAAUACUGUAGGGUCAGGCGCCUCCGGGGCCACGUUCGCGGGACGCGGGCGAUAUUUCCACGGGCGGCCCGGUGAGUCUGUAACAGAGGACCUGACGAUGGCCCCCCGGUAACGCGUGGCCUUAAAUUUCGGGCUGCUUUAUUGGUAGAAUGGAACACAAAAUUGUGAAUGUCUUUAUCUUUUUUACCUCUGUUUUUUCAAGAUAAAAACAAAACCAAAGGGGAACAUUUUAUAACCAGCACUUGAUGAUGAAUGUUUUUUCGAUUGUAGUUCUUGAUUUGUUUUUCACUCAGUGUGUACAGAAGGUUACUGUAUUUUCAUUAUUCACGAGGAAAUUCACAACGGUCCCAAUCAUUCGGUCGCUAGUAAAGCUGAACCAAACACUUUCUUUCUUUUUAUGUUUUUCUUUUUUUUUUUUUUGGAUACGUUUUCUGCUGUUGUUGAGAGAAUCAACAGUUACCAAAGAUUGUGAAAUAUGUUUUAAUGUCGUGUGCCCUGUUUACAUUGUCCCUUUUGAUACGGCCAAGACCAAGAAGUCUUCACUCGACGAGUUUAUAAUGUCAAACUCUUUGACAUUUCGUAACUGUAAUUAUUUGAUCGGACGGCUAGUAAUUGUAUCGCAGAGUAAAAAGUAGAUGACGACGAAAUAAUGCAUAAUUGUUGACUGAGUAACUUGUUACACAUGUCCAAAAGAAAUAGGCCACAUCUAUUUCAAAUCAGCUAUGUCAGUUUGUUCAGUACGUCUGAAUAAAUGGCCUUAUGAUUAAUAAAUUCUCGUAUGAAAGUGUGAAAAAAUUA